CAGCGCGGGGCGGGAGGUGGAUUUCAAGUGAACACUUUGAGGGCUACUCACCGUGUGGACUUGGUUGCGCCUGGACGAGCGGUGGACCCACUGGUGGCAGUGAGGGCGAGUCGUCCUGGUGACCUAUUCCUGCAGUGGAAGAGUUGCUUGUAAGUUUGCUUCAGCAAACCUUUUGAUGCCUGACUUUCCUAUACGGAUUGCACUCAAAUUCUUGGUUAGAAAAUGGGUCCUACCGGACACCUUGUUACCAUCAAAAGGAGCGGGGUCGACGGCCCCCACUUUCCUCUGAGUCUCAGCACCUGCUUGUUUGGAAGGGGUAUCGAAUGUGACAUUCGUAUCCAGCUUCCUGUAGUGUCAAAAGAGCAUUGCAAAAUUGAAAUCAAAGAGCAGAAGGCAAUAUUGUUUAACUUUAGUUCCACAUAUCCAACACAGCUGAACGGAUCUGCAAUUGAUGAACCCGUACAACUAAAACAUGGAGACGUCAUAACUAUUGUUGAUCGUUCUUUCAGGUAUGAAGAUGAAAGUCAUCAAAAUGGAAGCAAGUCAACUGAGUUUCCCGGACAAAGACAUGAACAGGCGUCUCCGCGUCAGGUCUCAACGUCUGGCUUCUGUUCUGACCCUGAUGGGAAAGUUCAAGAUCCCAAGGCCUGUUCAAAACUCACUGAAGAAAGUGUUUCAGGAAGGCCACUGGUACACGUGGGGGAGGUCAGAGCAGCCCAGCCGGUCUCACAUGCCUCAGAAGAGCCUGUUGCCAGGGAAACACCCAGUGUUCAUCUCUCACAUCUUUCAGGAGAUGACGGCAGAGAGGUCGCGGGUCCCACUGCUGGAGAUGCUAAGGACGUUUCCAGUGUGCCGGCACUGAGCGGGAAUGGACAAUUGCCAUCUUUUCCGUCUAUGCAGUGUCUUGAGAAUAGUGAGGAAAAUGAAUCUCCCUUUAGGGAGCUUUAUGAGUCUAUGAAGGAAAAGUUAGACAGGAGAUCAGAGAAAGAAAAUGUGCUACGGAGUCGUAGAAAAUCAGGAUCACGGAGUCACUGCGUCGCAGAAAAUGAGAGUGCUGGUGGUUUACAGGGCGAGACCCCAAGGCCAGUGUCCCCGAAGUCCAGGCGGACAUCCGGCCGAAGCUCUCAAAGUAAGGCAGACCCCGCUUUGGGAGCACAACCAAGUGGCCAGACGGAGGAGAAGGGAUCGCAUGCGGGGCCUGUUCAGACUCCCAAGGUCACCUUGAGUCCUAGCGUUCCCCGCAAGGAGGCCACGGAGACCGGGACCCCGGGACCGUGUUCACACCAAAGUUUCACACCAAAACGUCGGAGCGGCGGCCGGAGUGUUAUCAACAGGGAUGAACCCGUGAAUCUGGACGAAAGUGGAGAAAGCUCCCGGGCCGAUAAAGGAACACUUCUGCCUCGGAAGUCCUUAACUAGAAACCAAACACCCACUAAACUGGAAAAUGCUGAUAAUGUUGGAAAUACACCAGGAAAAGUCUUGUCCAAAAAGAGGCGGAGGAGCAGCAGCGUGCCUGCAAAUGUUGACAUUCUUAUUAUAGACACAGAAACCCAGAAGCAAACGGCCUUAGGUCCGCUGCUCGUGCAAGUGGACAGGAAGAUGCCAGACGGGGCCCUCGGCACGUUUGAGCUGCUGGGCGCCCAAGCGGGACAGAGGUGUCCCGGCUCGCCAGGCCUUCGCUCAGUGGACGUCAGCAACUUGGGCGAUUCCACUAAUAUGAUUGAGGGCACGCCCUUGAAGAGAAGACGGGUCUCCUUUGGUGGCCAUCUGAGACCUGAGUUAUUUGAUGAAAACCUACCUCCCAAUACACCUCUCAAGAGAGGUGAAACGCCCAUGAAAAGAAGGUCUCUUGUAACGCACACUGCGACAACUGUCCUGAAGAAAAUCAUCAAGGAACAGUCUCAACCAUCUGGAAAAGAAGACUGUUCUUCAGAAACCCAUUUGGGAGUGACUGCACAAAAUGUGUUUCGGAGCUCCCCUGCUCAGAAUCCUGUGAAAACUCCAGCUGCAAAUGACAAACACCGGAGGUCCUCCGAGCCAUCUUCUGCCUCCAGUGGCGGCGUGUCUCCACAGAGGACAGAGACUCCUAAGAGGGGAGGCAGGAGAAGCAGCAGCGGACCUGCCAGGAGAACGUCCGUGGAUCGAAGCCAGCAGGAAAUCUUACAGCUGAUUCAUUCCAAGAGGAGGAGUGGCGCCUCUGAGGCCAACUUGAUCGUGGCAAAAUCAUGGGCGGAUGUCGUAAAACUUAGUGCCAAACAAACACAAACUAAAGUCGUUAAACACGGCCCACGGAAACAGCUGAACAAAAGACAAAGGAGAAUUAAUACUCCAAAGAAGCCUGCAAGCAGUAUUCACAAUCAAUUUAGCACAGGCCACGCAAACUCUCCCUGUACCAUCGUAGUAGGCAAAGCUCACAUCGAAAAAGUAAACGUGCCUGCUCGGCCCUACAGAAUGCUGAACAACUUCGUGUUCAACCAAAAAAUCGACUUUAAUGAAGACCUUUCAGGGCUAACUGAGAUGUUCAAGACACCAGCAAAAGAGAAGCCACACGUGAGAAGCCUAUGUUCCAUCACUUUUUCAAAUUCAGAGGAUUUGCGUAGCGUACCUAAGCCAGAAGAAAAACCUCUGCUAUGCACCCCAGAAAAUUAUGGAGACAAUGUUUUCCCCAGUACUCAGAAUGUACCAGAACAGAUGUCCGAUAAAAGAUCUGCAAGCCCAGCAUUAAGACGGCACUGUUUUGCAGUAAAUGAAAAUAUGAAAACUGUGCUAUCUGAGGCAGACCCUCCAAAGGUGGAAUCCAGUACAAACAAGUUCAGAAGGUCCAUGGAGCUCAGAAAUACACAAGUGCCAGGUGCAGAGUGUGAGAACAAAGAUGAAGAGGCCAACGCUGUUGAAAACAUCUUGGGAAAACAUCUGAGGAAAACACGAGAAGAGAAACUAGAGGAAGAGAUGAAGGAAAGUGAAAGAACCUUUGAAACAUGUAAGAAAAACAUCGAAUCAAAAGAAAAUUCUGAAAAGAUGAUAGCUGUGAAGAGGUCAAGAAGAUCUUCAGAGAUGAAAUAUGCACAAAGAGCAGACCUAAUCACCCCCAAGAAAUUGCAAGAGAUAGAACCUAAGAAAGAACUGGUGGACAUCCAUAGUCUUGGAACACCAGGUCACACCAAGGAAUCAGUGGAGGUGGAGAAGCGAUCUGCCAUGAUGAACUGUAAAUCUCCAGAACCAGACUCAGUGAGCACGCCAGUCAAGAUGAACGUACGGAUCAAGCCACCUUCCCAGAAAGUGAAUGUAGGACAGCUGUCAGCACGUGGGAGGUCCACACAGACCCCAGGGGAAACCACACACUCACACAGAGAACAAAUAGGUGAUGACAAAAUCAUCGAAUUAUUUAAGGAAACUCCCGAACAGAAAUUGGACCCUACAGAAAAUGUAACAGGAAGCAGGAGGCGGUCAAGAACUCCCAAGAAAACGGUCCAACCCCUAGAAGACCUGGCCGGAUUCAGAGAGCUCUUCCAAACACCCAAUCGCUCAGUGGAACCAGUGGUUGAUGACAAAACUACCAAAACACGCCACAAAUCUCCAAAACCAGAGCCAGUGAUCAUGUCAGGAGAUGAUAAAGACAUUAGAGCUUUUAAGGAAACUCCAGAACAGAAACUGGACCCUACAGAAAAUGUAACAGGAAGCAGGAGGAGGUCAAGAACACCCCAGAGAGAGGUCCAACCUCUGGAAGACCUGGCUGGAUUCAAAGAGCUCUUCCAAACCCCAACUUACUCAGUGGAACCAGUGGUUGAUGACAAAACCACCAAAAUAUGCCACAAAUCUCCAAAACCAGAGCCAGUGAGCACGCCAGGUGAUGAUGAAGACAUCAGAGAAUUUAAUGAAACUCCAAAACAGAAACUGGACUCAACAGAAAAUGUAACUGGAAGCAGGAAGAGACCGAGAACACCCAAGAGGAAGGUCCAACCCCUAGAAGACCUGGCUGGAUUCAAAGAGCUCUUCCAAACUCCAAAACGCAGAGUGGAACCAGUGACUGAUGACAGAACCACCAAAAUACCUCACAAAUCUCCAAAACCAGAGCGAGUAUGCACGCCAGGUGAUGAUAAAGACAUCAGAGAAUAUAGUGAAACUCCAAAACAGAAACUGGACUCAGCAGAAAAUGUAACUGGAAGCAGGAAGAGACCAAAAACACCCAAGAGGAAGGUCCAACCCCUAGAAGACCUGACCGGAUUCAAAGAGCUCUUCCAAACUCCAAAACGCAGAGUGGAACCAGUGACUGAUGACAGAACCACCAAAAUACCUCACAAAUCUCCAAAACCAGAGCGAGUAAGCACGCCAGGUGAUGAUAAAGACAUCAGAGAAUUGAAAGAAACUCCAGAAAAGAACCUGGACUCAGCAGAAAAUGUAACUGGAAGCAGGAAAAGACCAAGGACACCCAAGAGAAAGGUCCAACCCCUAGAAGACCUGGCCGGAUUCAAAGAGCUCUUCCAAACACCAAAACGCAGAGUGGAACCAGCGACUGAUGACAGAACCACCAAAAUACCCCACAAAUCUCCAAAACCAGCGCCAGUGAUCACACCAGGAGAUGAUAAAGACAUUAGAGUUUUUAAGGAAACUCCAGAACAGAAACUGGAUCAUAUAGAAAAUGUAACAGAAAGCAGGAGGAGGUCAAGAACACCCCAAAGAAAGGUCCAACCCCUAGAAGACAUGACUGGACUCAAAGAGCUCUUCCAAACACCAAAACGCACAGUGGAAUCAGUGACUGAUGGCGGAACCACCAAAAUACCCCGCAAAUCUCCAAAACCAGAGCUAGUAAGCAUGCCAGGUGACGAUGAAGACAUCAGAGAAUUUAAUGAAACUCCAGAACAGAAACAGGACUCAGCAGAAAAUAUAACUGGAAGCAGGAAGAGACCAAGAACACCCAAGAGAAAGGUCCAAACCCUAGAAGACAUGGCCGGAUUUAAAGAGCUCUUCCAAACUCCAAAAUGCACGGUGGAACUAGUGACUAUUGACAGAACCACCAAAAUACCCCACAAAUCUCCAAAACCAGAGCGAGUAAGCAUGCCAGGCGGUGAUAAAGACAUCAGAGAAUUUAAUGAAACUCCAGAACAGAAACUGGACUCAGGAGAAAAUGUAACUGGAAGCAGGAAGAGACCAAGAACACCCAAGAGAAAGGUCCAACUCCUAGAAGACAUGGCCGGAUUUAAAGAGCUCUUCCAAACACCAAAUCGCUCAAUGGAACCAGAGGUUGAUGACAAAACCAAAGUAUUCUGCCAAUCUACACAACCAGAACCAAUCGUCAUAUCCACCAGCAUGCUCAGACAACUGAGGACACCUCCCAAGAAGGUGUCUGGAGAGGAAGACGUGUCAGCACUCAGGAAGUCCACACGGACACCAGGGGGAACCAUGGGCUCACCCAGGGACCCAAGAGGUGAUGGUAAAAUCAUCAAAUUCUUUAAGGAAUCUCCAGAACAGAAACUGGACUCAGCAGAAAAUGUAACUGGAAGCAGGAAGAAGCCAAGAACGUCCAAGAAAAAGGUCCAACCCCUUGAAGACCUGGCUGGACUCAAAGAGCUCUUCCAAACACCAAAUCGCACAGUGGAACCAGUGGUUGAUGACAAAACUACCAAAAUACCCCACAAAUCUCCAAAACCAGAGCCAGUGAGCACGCCAGGUGAUGAUAAAGACAUUAGAGCUUUUAAAGAUAUUCCAGAACAGAAACUGGACUCAGCAGAAAAUGUAACUGGAAGCAGGAAGAAGCCAAGAACGUCCACGAAAAAGGUCCAACCCCUAGAAGACCUGGCCGGACUCAGAGAGCUCUUCCAAACACCCAAUCGCCCAGUGGAACCAGUGGUUGAUGACAAAACCACCAAAAUACGCCACAAAUCUCCAAAACCAGAGCCAGUGAUCAUGUCAGGAGAUGAUAAAGACAUUAGAGCUUUUAAGGAAACUCCAGAACAGAAACUGGACCCUACAGAAAAUGUAACAGGAAGCAGGAGGAGGUCAAGAACACCCCAGAGAAAGGUCCAACCUCUAGAAGACCUGGCUGGAUUCAAAGAGCUCUUCCAAACCCCCAAACGCACAGUGGAACCAGUAACUGAUGACAAAACCAAAAUACCCUGCGAGUCUCCACAAGUAGAAGCAGUCAUGCCAAUAGGUAGAAAGAGCCGUCUCAAGGCACCUCCCAGGAAAGCGGACAUAGAAGUGGAGCCUUUAUCGCUCAGGAAGCCCACACGGACGUCACGGAAAACCACGCGCUCACACAGAGAACCACAUGGUGAUGAGAAAGACGUCACAGUGUUUAAGGAAAGUGCACUGCAGAAACCGGACCCUGCAAACAAUGUGACUAGAAGCAAGAGAAAGCCAAGAACACCUGAGGAAAGUGCCCAACUGCUAGAAGACCUGGCUGGCCUCGAAGAGCCCUUCCAAACCCCAGAUCACAGAGUGGAACCGGUAACUAAUGACAAAACCAAAAUACCCUGCAAGUCUCCACAAGCAGAAGCAGUCAUGCCAAUAGGUAGAAAGAGCCGUCUCAAGGCACCUCCCGGGAAAGCGGACAUAGAAGUGGAGCUUUUAUCACUCAGGAAGCCCACACGGGCGUCACGGAAAACCACGCGCUCACACAGAGAACCAGACGGUGAUGAGAAAGACGCCAUGGUAUUUAAGGAAAGUGCAGUGCAGAAACCGGACCCUGCAAACAAUGUAACUAGAAGCAAGAGAAAGCCAAGAACACGUAAGGAAAACAUCCAACCCACAGAGCAUCUGGCUGGCCUCGAAGAGCCCUUCCAAACACCAAAUCACACAGUGGAACCGGUAACUGAUGACAAAACCAAAAUACCCUGCGAGUCUCCACAAGCAGAAGCAGUCGUGCCAAUAGGUAGAAAGAGCCGUCGCAAGGCACCUCCCAGGAAAGCGGACAUAGAAGUGGAGCCUUUAUCGCUCAGGAAGCCCACACGGACGUCACGGAAAACCACGCGCUCACACAGAGAACCAGAGGGUGAUGUGAAAGACGUCACAGUGUUUAAGGAAAGUGCAGUACAGAAACCGGACCCUGCAAAAAAUGUGACUAGAAGCAAGAGAAAGCCAAGAACACCUGAGGAAAGGGCCCAACUCCUAGAAGACCUGGCUGGCCUCGAAGAGCCCUUCCAAACCCCAGAUCACACAGACGAACCAGUGACUGUUGUCAAAACCACUAGGAUUCGCUGCCAGUCUUCACAACCAGGACCAAGCAUCCUGCCAGCAAGCAAGAAGAGACAGCUGAAGGCAGCUCCAGGGAAAGCGAAUGGGGAGGAAGAGCCGACAGCGCCCAGAAAGCCCACACGGACAGGGAGAAGCACACGCGCUCAUAGAGAAUCAGUAGAUGGUCAUCAAGACGUCAUUGUGUGUGAGGGCACGGCAAAGCCAAAACAGGGCCCUGCAGAGAACGCAAUGGGCAGCAAGCGUCUGCUAAGAACACGGAAGGCAAAGGCCCCGCCCCUGGAAGUCGCGGCUGGCUGCCCAGAGCUCCUCCAAACCGCAGAUCCAGACAAGGAACAUGGCAACGAUGCUGGGAUGGUUAAGAGCACUCCAACGCAAACACCAGACAGAAGAGAACCUGUGAAAACAUCCAGAAGAGUCCUCAGGGCCCCUCAUGUGAAGCCCAUGGACGACCUGGCAGGCAGCAGAGACCCCAUAGAGUCACAAAGUGAAAGCAGCAUUUCCCAGUCCCCCAAGAGGAAGCGUGGGAAAGAGGGGACUGUCACAGGAAGGGAGAGGCUGGGUUCUACGACGUGUCCACAGGACACUGCCCUGGAGAUGCCACUGCAGAAGAGGCAGAGGACAGCUCCCAGAGAGAGAUGUGAACCGCCUGCACCCUUGAUCACAAAGAAGAAAAGUCAGAGGGUUUUGGCAGGAAGGACUGAACCCGUGGAAGAGCUGCCCGGCAACAGCAUGAGAACUAAAACUCAGGAAGAGAAAGCAGAAGCCGUGGCCUCGUCCGCUAAGGGAAUAUCCCUACGCUCCAGACCCCCAAAUAAAACCAGUGGGGCAGAGCAGCAAAGACCUGAGUUUCUUGAAUCAGCAGAAAAGACUAACGUAAAGAGGAAUGAAAAGAAGGCCCCGAACACCUCCCAAGAGGUGAAGCUUCAACAUCUGGAAGAUGGAGCCAAGAAUUCUACAUCUGGGGGCCAAGUCCGUGAAAGGAGAAUGUGCUUGAGAUCCGGAAGACAGAGUACAAAGCACUUGUCAGAUGUGACCGAGGAGAAAGCACAGGAGAAAAGUGUGGAAAUCCAUGUGAUGAAGAAAACUCAGGAAGAGAAAGAAGGAUCCAAACGUUCAGGCUCUGUGGGUUUGAGACCCAAAAAGAUGACAGGGGACACUUUGGAGAAGGAAUCCAAACAGAGAGUCACUCGGAGUGUCAAGAGAUCUACCGAAAAUAUUAAAAAGGAGGAUGACAAUGGAUGCAUCAAGAAAUUAAGAACCAGAAGGCACCGGGGCAGUGAAGAUAUUUAGCUAAGAAGUUUAAGAAGGGA